AUGAAAGAAGAUCCUCCGCCAGACGCGAGAUGUCGAGAUAAGUUCCUAGUUCAGUCCAUCCCGAUCACGCCGGAAAGGGAUAAUCCAAGUCCCAAUAUCAUUUGGUCCAAUGUGGAAAAGACUGCAAAAACCGAGAUUGAGGAGAAGAAGAUCCGUGUCUCAUUCCUGCCUGCUGAUGGAGCAGCUGCUACCCCGAAUCAUAGACAAGUCAACGGCGUUUCAGGGGACGAGGCGCCACCAGCUUACGGUACUGGGAGCCCUUCAUACGCCUCUCCUGCGCCCCAGGCAGUUACACCAGAUACUAGGUCCGCUCCAAGUGACUCCAGACCAAAUACAGGUGUGUUCGAGGCCAACAAAGGAGAGACACCGUCUUCUACAGUAGGUGCUAUCAUACCAAAUAUAGCGAACGCUGUGCCUACGUCCAAGGAAGAACUUGAAUCGCAACUUUCCGCAGCCAAGGAGAAGAUCAAAAGUUUGACAUCGCAGGCAGAAGAGCAAGUACUACGACAGCGCAAAUCAGAUGCUAUUAAUCAAGACUCCCGCGAGCGCGUCACGACCGGAACGACAGGUAUGGGGGUCCAGCAACAACCGGCGGAUGGCGUUCCGGUGCAGAUGGUGGCCGCCCUGUGCCUACUAUCUUUCUUGCUUGCGUACUUUUUCUUCUGA